AUGAUCCAGCUAAAGCUCCUUGACAAUCCAGCUUAUUAUGAUCCAGCUAAAGCUCGUAAGAUCGGGCGAGCAGAAUCUAAGAGGCAAAAGUUCUCCUCAACCUCGGUCAUUGAUGAGUCAAGUGCUGCCAAGUUGACCAAAGUUCCGGGGCUCAACAUCUGGAGAUUGGAUUUCAGGAAACCUUCAUCGAGCUCUCGCAAAGCAUUACCGUCUUUAUGGUAUCGUCUUUCCACGACGCUGGCCAUGGUUGCGGUACUGGCACUACUUAUCAGUGGAGUGGUCGUCAUCGCGCAUGCAGUGAGAGGUGGCUUAAUAUUUGGAUUGCCAUGGUUUCCUAUAGAAAAUGAAAUCGAUGAACCAGGUGUGAGUCGCAUUGCAGCACACUUCCGCAUUAUAAACAGAGAUUUUAGCUCUGAGCUGGGCGAUACCUCAUCGACCGGUCACUUGCAGUUGGCUGCAGAAUUAAGACAUUCGCUUGAUAUUAUUUUCAUGGACAGCAGUUUAGUGGGCUACUAUAAUACCAGCAGUGAAUUCCAAUUCACAAAUGGUAGUGUAGUUGUGAAAUGCGUCAUUCUCUUAAAACGCCCCCUACUAGACGGAGCUCAGCAGGUAGGGUUCGAAUUCGUCAAAGCACUAGAAGAAGGAAAAGGAAUUUUGCCACCUGGAAUGUUUUAUGUCGAUGUCCAUACAGUUAGAUUUGCUGUUAAAAAAGAAAUGAUAGAUGAAACAAUGUCCGAAGAUUUGCAAGGAUUAGAGUCAUGGUCAGAAUGGAGUUCUUGCGUUAGAAAUGGGACCUGCGACGCGAGUAUUGUACGCGUGCGCAAGCGCCAAUGCAAAGGAAAUAGGAAAUUUUCUUGUGGGAGGCAUACCGAAGUCGUGGAAACGAGACCUUGCUUAUGUCCCAGAAGAGCUGCCGCUACACUUACGACGUCCUCGCUGAUGUUGCCAGGCGAUUGGUCAGAGUGGAGCGCCUGGAGUUCUUGCUCCAGUCUGAUACAGCAUUGCGAUCCUCAGCAAAUCCAGCGACGCACAAGGAGCUGCUUCGGGUCUGGAAAACGAUUGCUUCCGAAUGCCAUCUGCAACCGGAAGACACAGGAAAGUGCAACUCAGAUAAGACAUUGCAUCUGCCCAUUGACUGACGAUAGUUAG